GGCCCGCGAAAGUGGCCACAUUGUAGCAGCGGCGGCGGCGGCCGAGAUGGCGCAGCUCCGCCUGACCCGCUUCUUCGCGCAGAGCAAGGCCGGCCCGGGGCAGCCGCGGGGCGCCCAGCGGCGGAAAGCGGCGGCGGCGGGGGAGCCGGGCGGCGACCGGGCCGGCCCCGAGCACAAGCCGCAGCUGGUUCCGCCCGGGACCCCGCUCGGCUCCGGACCCCCGCCGGUCGCGCCGCGCAGCCGGAAGAGGCGCCGCUCGGAGUCCGAACUGGAAGCGGAGCGAAGCCCCGUCGCUCAGCACCGCCGCCCGCCCAAGGGGGCCGCCAGGAAGAGGCUGCUGAUGGCCGAGGAGGAGGAGGAGGAGGAGAGGGCGGUCUCUGCUUGCCCCACGUCCACUGCGGCUCUGGGGCCUCCCAGCCCCUCCUCCCUGGACAAGGAGGCAAAGGAGCUGGUGAACGAGAUUCUCUCGCCUGGCCUGAAGUUGGGGGGAACCUCAGUGGCCCUGGCCAGUCCCGAGGAGAAGGAUGCACCCCAAAAGCAGCUCCUGGAGCUGAAGGGCCGCCUGGGCAAGAUCCAGAGCCUGGUGCAGAAGAUCAAGGGCGGAGCUGCCAACCUGGAAUCUGGCGGUGACCUAAAGAACCGAUUGAAACGGGCCCGGUUGCUGGAAUCCCAGAUCCGCCAGAGGAAACUCUCCCCAAAAGAGGAAAGGAAGGAUCUGGAAUCCCCUGCAGAGACCAGUGAGAAGGUGCCGGCCUACCAGCGCUUCCACAGCCUUGCGGAAGAUGUGCCCCCUGGUCUGUUGCUGCCGUAUAAAUACAAGGUGCUGGCUGAGAUGUUCCGCAGCACGGACACCAUCGUGGCGAUGAUGUUCAACCGCUUGGAAGCGGUCACCUUUGCCAAGGUCAAGCAAGGCGUGCAGGAGAUGACGCGCAAGCGCUUCGAAGAACGGCACUUGGGACAGAUAAAAACGGUGUACCCAGGUUCUUACGUUCUGCGCCAAGAGAGAAACAUCCCUACCUUUGGUGGACCGGGCAAGCGAGGCAGCUACCAGCUGACCAUCGAACCAGAGCUGGGAACAGGGGAGAAGCUGACCGCAUCCCGGCUGAUGGAACGCCGGAGCAUCUUCUGCAAGAACUUGACAGCCAGGGUCAAGGAGCACCACAAGGCGUUCCUGGCUUCUCUGGACCCUCCGAUGGCGAUAGAGGAGGAUGAGCUGACCCGCUGGCACCCUCGCUUCCGGGUAGACGAAGUGCCCGAUGUCGUGCCCGCUGAGCUGCCCCAGCCACCCCACGUGGACAGGGUCACCACUGCGCAGGAGGUGCUGGCCAAGGCACAAGGCAUGCUGACACCCAAGAUGGAAAAGGCGUUAACCAACCUGGUCCUAAGGACGGCAGACAGCAGCCCCUCCUCCCCACAGCCUCCUCGCCCAGCUUUGCCCGGAACCCCCAACAGCCUGAAAGGUGUCUCGGAGUCCUUAGUAGAAAGGGUCAGGGCCAAGGAGGCUCAGAAGCUGCAGGCGCUGAUGACACGGAACCCUCAGCAGGAGCAGCGCCUGGCAAUGCUGGGCCGCCUGCCGGAGAUGGCCCGUGUCCUGCGCAACGUCUUCGUGGCAGAAAAGAAGCAGGCCCUCUCCAUGGAGGUGGCCUGCCAGCGGAUGAUAGACAGCUACCAGGCGCUCCUGCCCAUGGGAGAGAUGGAAAAACACCUCCACCUCUUCGCAGAGCUCCUGCCGGAUUGGGUGCGCAUCCUUGCCAUUCGCCAGGAGGAUUACCUGAAGCUGGACAAAGCCAUGGAUCUCAAUAUCGUAACAGAGAGGCUAACUGCGAGAAAGCGGGAAGAGGAGAAACUCUGAUUUUUGGGGGGGGGGGGGAAUGCCCAGAGAAUGGACUUCCUGGGGGAAGCAUACACCUUUCUUGUCUUUGUUCUGGAUAGAAAUAGGAGGGAGGAUUUUCUCUCCAAUGGAAAACUCACAAGCUUUUUGGCAAAGCCAUGACAGGGUGGGCAUUAUUACAACCACUUUUUUAAAGGCACAAAACAUUUUUGUCUCUUGGGCAGUUUGGAAAAGGUGUGGCUGCUUUUCCAGGAAGGGAGGGGGGAGGAUGGAAUCCCACAUCCUGUCCAUGAGUCGAGAGCAAGGAGGAAUGGGUUUUUUUUUUUUCUUCUAAAGAAAGGCUUGUUCUAUCCUGAAAUGUGAUUUGCAUACGAAACUUGGCAUUAAACUCCACUUACUUGAA